AUGAUAGAUGUCUGUGAAGGAACAAUUGAGUUAAACUUGGGAAAGGACCUGAAGAUGAAGUUUGAUAUCAAGGAUACAAUGAGGAAACCAACUAUAGAAGAGGGAUAUGUGAGCUCAGAAACUGAUGAGUACAAGAAGCUCCUUGACACCUUCAGACCAGUUCCAAACAUUCUGAGCAUUGAGGGAUUGGACAGGCCAGUUUGCGAAGUCAUGGCAGUGAGCUCGAUCAAGAACUCGAUCGAGUCGAGUUUCGAACAAACGAACUCGAUCGAGCUGGGGGCUGAAUGCAAGGAGCAAGCUCAAGGAGAUUGGUCUGAGCUUAAGGCGCCUAAAGUCGACCUCAAACCUUUGCCUGAGGGCCUCAGAAAGGCAAUAGGUUACACUCUAGAUGAUAUCAAGGGGAUCUCCCCUGACCUAUGCAUCCAUAGGAUUCAUCUAGAGGAUGAAAGUAAGUCAAGCAUUGAACCUCAGAGAAGGUUGAACCCCAAUCUAAAGGAAGUAGUGAAGAAAGAGAUACUCAAGUUGCUUGAUGCUGGGAUAAUCUAUCCCAUCAGUGAUAGCACUUGGAUAUCUCCAGUUCAUUGCGUCCCAAAGAAAGGGGGGAUCACUGUCAUUAAAAACGACAAAGAGGAGCUGAUUCCCACUAGAACAAUAGUGGGGCAUCGCAUGUGUAUUGACUAUAGGAAGCUAAAUUCAGCAUCUAGAAAGGAUCAUUUCCCUCUCCCUUUCAUUGAUCAGAUGUUAGAAAGAUUGGCAAACCACCCUUUUUAUUGUUUUCUUGAUGGCUACAGUGGUUUCUUCCAAAUCCCGAUCCACCCUAAUGAUCAGGAGAAGACCACUUUCACAUGCCCUUAUGGCACCUUUGCUUAUCGAAGGAUGCCAUUUGGGCUGUGCAAUGCUCCAGCUACUUUCCAGAGGUGCAUGACCUCCAUUUUUUCAGAUCUGAUAGAGGAGAUGGUAGAAGUCUUCAUGGACGAUUUCUCAGUCUAUGGAGCAUCCUUCUCCUCAUGUUUGUCUAACUUGUGCAGGGUGUUGCAGAGGUGUGAGGAGACCAAUCUAGUACUCAACUGGGAGAAGUGCCACUUCAUGGUUCGAGAAGGGAUUGUGCUUGGACACAAGAUUUCCGAGAAAGGGAUCGAGCUCGAUCGAGCUAAGGUGGAUGUCAUGUUGCAGCUCCCUGUUCCCAAGACUGUGAAGGACAUAAGGAGUUUUCUGGGUCAUGCAGGGUUCUACAGAAGAUUCAUCAAGGAUUUCUCAAAGAUAGCAAGACCCUUGACAAGGCUUCUGUGCAAGGAGACAGAUUUUGAGUUUGAUGAAGAAUGCCACAAGUCUUGGACCUUGCUGAAGGAUGCUCUGGUAUCUGCGCCAAUAGUACAAGCUCCAAACUGGGAUCACCCAUUUGAGAUUAUGUGUGAUGCAUCUGACUAUGCAGUAGGAGCAGUGCUUGGCCAAAAGAUAGACAAGAAACUCAAUGUCAUCUACUAUGCAAGCAAGACUAUGGAUGAUGCUCAGUGCAAGUAUGCAACCACAGAGAAGGAGCUCCUUGCCAUAGUCUUUGCCUUUGAGAAGUUUCGAAGCUAUAUAGUUGGAUCCAAGGUGAUUGUGCACACUGACCAUGCUGCCCUUAGACACAUCUUCGCUAAGAAAGAUACAAAGCCAAGACUUCUCAGAUGGAUCCUUUUGCUUCAAGAGUUUGAUAGAAGUUGUGGACAAAAAGGGAGUAGAAAAUGGAGUUGCUGA